AUGUGCGAUUUUGUCAAGUGCCGACUGCGAUUGCUCCUGAAAUGCCGGGUGUGUCACGAAAAUGACCUCGUCUACUUCCACUUCCAGAAACGAGCCAGCUCGCUGGCGCUCAACUUGCGGCUCAACUGCGCAAACCUGGUCGUAGUAUACGAGAAGGAGCGUAAUUGGUCGAUUUCAACUUGCUUCGGCACUCUACCGGGAACAGAGCAGAUCUAA